AUGACUACGGGUAGCAAGCACAAGCUUACGUCAUCGUCAACGGCCACUACUGCGUCGUCUUUGUCCUCAUCUUCUGCUAUUGGCAAUAGAAACAACAAGAUGACGUCUGGCAAUCCGCUGCACAAGUACAUCUCGGCUAAAGACGUGGCGCAGCAUCAGAUAACACGACAGCACGACAUGCGACGCUCAAUUAGCUCGACGCAAUUCAGCGACGACCGUGAGAGUACGUCUAGUCCCGCUGCUACAGGCCCCAAGACUUCAGUUACAGGGUCAUCCAUAUCACUUUCUAGCAGUCCACGUUGUUCAUCACCGAAUUUGUCGCCCAUGACCGAGUCUAUUCUUAAAGUGGUGCUUAUUGGUGACUCUGGCGUGGGCAAGUCAAACCUCGUCAUGCGCUUUACCAAGAACAAAUACAUGCCCCAUAGUGUGCAAACCGUAGGAUUUGAAUUCGCGACCAAGACUAUUCGAGUCGGAGAUCGACGACUUAAGGCGCAGAUCUGGGACACUGCAGGACAGGAGCGGUUUCAAUCACUGACGGCCGCCUAUUACCGCAACGCAGUGGGGGCCAUGAUCGUGUACGACAUCACGAACCGCAGCUCGUUCGAGCACGUUACAGGGUGGUUAGCGCAGGUACACGAACACUCCCAUGAGAGUUUGGUAUUAAUCCUUGUGGGGAACAAAUGUGACCUCGCUCACUUGCCUGAGAGUAGAGAAGUGUCGACACUUGAAGCGGCGAGAUUUGCAGCGACACAUUCAAUGGAGUUCCUCGAGACGUCGGCUUUGGAUUCGACGAACGUUGUUGACGCUUUCAAGAAGAUGAUUGUGCCUGUGGGACGUUUAUUGUCGCCGACUGAGCCGAAGAAAAUUGCACGAUUGCCCCCAGGAUGGCGGCGUGUUUUAUCAAGAACGAGGCCAGGUGAAUACUCGUACGAGAAUCAAUAUACCAAGGAACGGAUCUCAUUUGCUCCAAAAGAACCGGCAAAGCCCUCUCAGCAGAGCUUUCGAUCACCAUAUACUGGGUCGAAGAGCGGAUCCUCCAGUGUUGUCACCGUCACACGCGAGAGCCUUCAAAGACAGCAUCAAAAGGCGUAUCUCGCACAGAAUCAGACACCACAAUGUGGUCUCUGUGCAAGUAACUGCACUAUAUUGUAG